CUCCGGGGGCGGCCCCGGCUGCCGAUAAAGCGUGCGGGGCCGGAGACGGCCUUGCAGAGCCGAGAAUGGGAGAAGAGCCGGCUGUAUAAGGAGCUCUUCCGGCCUCCUCGCCUCUCCGCACCUCGCUCUCGCGGCCUGCCCACCCUGCUGCCUGCUCACCACCCAGAAAGCUCCGGUGCCUGGACCAGCGAGAGCCGGAGACCCACGAGAGGCGCGAACGCUACUCCAAAAGGAGAAAGGCUAAGGAGGGCAGCGAUACCGUUGACCUUAUGUGGCUGGGAACACCUUCCACCAUGGCCACCUCGGCGAGCUCCCACUUGAACAAAGGCAUCAAGCAGGUGUACAUGUCCCUGCCUCAGGGUGAGAAAGUCCAAGCUAUGUAUAUCUGGAUUGACGGUACUGGAGAAGGACUGCGCUGCAAGACCCGGACCCUCGACUGUGAGCCCAAGUGUAUAGAAGAGUUGCCGGAGUGGAAUUUUGAUGGCUCUAGUACUUUUCAAUCCGAAGGCUCCAACAGUGACAUGUAUCUCGUCCCUGCUGCCAUGUUUCGGGACCCUUUCCGCAAGGACCCCAACAAGCUGGUGUUCUGUGAAGUCUUCAAGUACAACCGAAAGCCUGCAGAGACCAAUUUAAGGCACACCUGUAAACGGAUAAUGGACAUGGUGAGCAACCAGCACCCCUGGUUUGGAAUGGAGCAGGAAUAUACUCUCAUGGGCACAGAUGGGCAUCCCUUUGGUUGGCCUUCCAACGGCUUCCCUGGGCCCCAAGGUCCCUACUACUGUGGUGUGGGAGCAGACAAAGCCUAUGGCAGGGACAUCGUGGAGGCGCACUACCGGGCCUGCUUGUAUGCCGGCAUCAAGAUCGGGGGCACGAAUGCCGAGGUCAUGCCUGCCCAGUGGGAAUUCCAGAUAGGGCCCUGUGAAGGAAUCGACAUGGGAGAUCAUCUCUGGGUGGCCCGCUUCAUCUUGCAUCGUGUGUGUGAAGACUUCGGAGUGAUUGCCACCUUUGAUCCUAAGCCCAUUCCUGGGAACUGGAAUGGUGCCGGCUGCCACACCAACUUCAGCACCAAGGCCAUGCGAGAGGAGAAUGGUCUGAAGUACAUCGAGGAGGCCAUCGAGAAACUAAGCAAGCGACACCAGUACCACAUCCGAGCCUACGAUCCCAAGGGGGGCCUGGACAACGCCCGGCGCCUAACUGGAUUCCACGAAACCUCCAACAUCAACGACUUCUCUGCCGGUGUGGCCAACCGCGGCGCUAGCAUCCGCAUUCCCCGGACUGUCGGCCAGGAGAAGAAGGGUUACUUUGAAGACCGUCGCCCCUCUGCCAACUGUGACCCCUUUGCGGUGACGGAAGCCCUCAUCCGCACGUGUCUUCUCAACGAAACUGGCGACGAGCCCUUCCAGUACAAAAACUAAGUGGACUAGACUUGCAGCCGUCAAAACCCCUCCUAAUCCUACAUCCUGCUCCCACUCUCGCCCCUCUCACCUGUCAUAAUAGCUGUUAACUCAAAGGGUGGGAUAUCAUGGUCUUUUUUUAUUCCUCACUCUUGCUUUCUUUGGCCAGGAUAGAGGGGUCAAGUUCUUAAUCUCUUCACACCCACCUACCCCCCCCCCAUUUUUUUUUCCUAUCACUGAAGCUUUCUAGUGCGUUAGUCAGGGCGGGGUUGGGGAAACAUAACCACUGCUUCCAUUUAAUCAGGUGUGUUUGUCCAAUAAGCAUAGCUAUCCAGACAGAGAGCAUAGUAUUUGUGAAGGGAGGGGGAGGACUUUCUCUGCGUGGUAGCUGAGUCGGGGGCAGGGGGCUUGAUUCUGUGGUAACGUUAAGAUUUCCCUUUCUUGGUGAGAAAUUCCAUGACUUAUAAAGGUUAUAACCAACUUUCUAUUAAAAGUGAGAAUUAGGGGAGAAGGAAGGGUGGGAAAUCCGGUAGGAAAACGCCCUAGAUCUCCUGGUGUGGUGCUUCCCUUGCCUGGGGCUAAAUGCCCUGACAAGCUCAGCAUAAAUGGAUGGAUAGCCCUACCUUAAAAGAAAGUUCCGUGUUGUUUGCUCCUCCAUUUAUAACACAAAGCAGAGUAGUAUUUUUAUAUUUAAAUGUAAAAACAAAAAAAUUAUAUAUACGGGUGUGCAGAUAAAUGUGUGUUUUCUCCUUAGGGAGUACAAACCAUUCUGGUCACAGGGAGCCAAAUUUGAGUUGAGUAGUCUGGUUAAGAAUAAGGGUCUCCUUUUGCGGGGGUGGGGGGGUGGUGGGGGGGUGCUUGACAAGUUGGCUGCUGGGCUCUUAUCCUCUCACUACCGCUUCAGGGCUUCUCUGCCCUGCUCACCCUUCUUGGGAGGCUGACACAGGUUGGCUGUGGCAGCCCUCGGAAGCAGCAGCAGUCACCUGAGCCCUGGGGCUUCGGUUCAAAAGACACACAUGGUUCAAAAGACACACACGUACUUGUACACACAGGGGUUUGGAAAUAUGAGUUGGCUGGUCAACUUGAGCAUGUUACUGACAAGGGGCUUUGGGGGUUAUUUUCUGGUGGGACUAGCAUGUCACUAAAGCAGGCCUUUUGAUAUAUUAAAAAAAAAAAUUUUUUUUAAAGCAAAACAGAAGUUUAGAUUUUAAUCAUAUUUGUAGGGUUUCUAAGUCUUUGUUUUGCAGAAUUGCUUGUUUGCUUCAGCUGUCUCCUUCCCAUGUCUGCUGUUGGAGGAGAUGAGGACAGGUCUGGAGUCAAAACACUUGUAAUUUUGUGUCCUGGUGUCUAUUCUCUGAGUGUGAAAUAUUCCCUUCCAUUGUUAAGAUUCCUGAAGGGUUUUUUUUUUUUCUUUUAUAAUAAAAACAAACCCCACCUUUGUCCCUACGUUUCCCCUAGUGUUUCUGGCUGUUUUUGUGUUGGCUGCAGCAGGCGGGCUAUGGUUUUUUCUUCCCAUGACAACUUCUAAUUGCCAUGUACAUACAGUAUGUUCAGAAUUAGAUAACUACUCAUUGUAAACAAACUGUGUUAACCGCCCAGAGCAGCUCUUAUAAAUCAACCUAACAUUUAUAA